AUCGUCGCACCGUCACAGCACGCUCAAUAAACGGCGCUAGUGUCUGUCAAGUGUCAUAGCCGUUCCCAUCGGCCAGUGUUGCGAGACUCAAAUCGGUGAUUUAAUUAGGAAUAACGUACUUCUUUUUUUAGUAAAAUUGUGAAACUUUAAGCAAUAAUGACCGACAAGAAAGAAAUGACAAACGCGACAAAAGUGGACAAAAUGCAAUUUUGCACGAAAGGUACUCUAAGAAUUUGACAAGAGAGAGCACACGCAUGGAAUUUGAAUUUAUUUUCACUAUUGUGGCCGUGGACGUCACGUAAUGCGUUCGCGCUGUUCGGCCGGGCGCUUUUGGAAAUCGGAGGCGCAGGUCGCUAUAUAUCCAAAUCAAUAUAACCCGUAUCCAGUGGCGCCGCAUCCACCGACCGGCUUUGUCCCUGCGCCAACGCAACCUCCAACCUAUGGUGUUGCAGGCACCGCUCCUUAUGGAGUAUUUCCUAAUCAGCCUCAAUUAUAUGCAACGCAAGGUCCACCACCGCCAACAUAUGAUCAGACUCUUACGCAUCCUAUGAUGUAUCAACCAAUGUACGGGCAAGGAUAUCCUUUGCAAUAUUAUCCACCGGGUUAUCCCUUGCAAUAUUAUCCGCCAUUGGCAGCGACAACAGCAUAUUAUCCCACAAUGCAACCCGCUCCUGUAAGACCUACCAUUAUGGUACCUAAUGGUUUCGAUGGUACUCGAUUUGACGGCAUCUCGCAGCCGGUGUUGCCACCACCGCCACCAGGAGUAGCCGCAAACGCCGCACAGUUGGCCGCGAUGGCUGGUCACAGUGUGGCCCUUUCACAAAAGAAGGGCUCGUUCUUGGGAGGAGGAACAGAGGGCGGUUAUACCUUUUGGUAAACCACCUAACCACCUUUCGUAACACACACGCAGAACAUAUACACUCACGUAUACACACAUCACAUUAAUUAUCGGGAGCGCCAUGUCGUUAUCGAGACGAUGAGAGAUUACGUAUGUAGGUAAAUUUCUGUUAGAGCUCCGCUUUUCUCACAUGGCAGCUUCAUCGAUAUCUAUUAGUGUACCGUGUGUGCGGACUGAUACACACAAUAUAUACACAUGAGACACUCAACCAUAUGACAUACAUGUACAUCACACGUACGUAAAAUAUACAUUUUAACAUGAUACUAAGACAACAACUGUGAGGGUUUCCACACGAUUCACAUACGGCGAUAUUUGCGAUCGAUAGAAGCGAUCCAAUGAUCUCAAGGACACCGCCGCCGUCUUGGUGAUCGAUCUACGCAUCUCGUGUACUGUUGAACUGCAUAAAAUCGUCCCGGCCGAGGAAGACUCGGACAUGAUGGCACUCGUCGAACAUCUUCGAAAACUAAUUUCUUGAAAGCUCAUCGUUCCAAUGGUGAAACUUGGCGGACAGUGAGAGAGUUACGCUGAGAGUUUUGAAGGAUCCGUGAAGAUCCGAAAGCUCAAGAUCCAAGAUACCGAGAAUCCACGAUUAUCGAAGGCUCGUUUCGUCGUAUCAUCGAAUCCGGAAUUUCAAAUUUCAGCAAUCGUAAUUUCUCCAAAUUUGAAAAACUCUAAAAAUCAAAAUCAUUGUAAUUUAUUACACAGUUUAAAAAAAUAUAACAGGACUAAUCAUUUCUUAUAGUUAUUUUGGAAGCUAGAUGUGAAAUCAGGUUUCCAUAUUAUAUAUCACAUCACAAUUUUGAGAAAUUUGUGAUUAAAGUUACAAAAGAGUUUUAAUGUACUUUGUCAUAUUAUUAUUAUAAUGUUGCAUUACAUUUUAUGGUUAUGCAUUGACUAUCAAGGAAAAAAAGGUAGUAUUUGUUAUAUUUUAGAAGUGUAUUAAAGUGAUCUUAUGUGUAUUUUAUCCAAAUUUAAUUUUAUUUGUAACUGGCAUGGACACAAAAAUUAAGUUGCCAACAUUGUAUUUUUUGCUUGUAAUGACAUAAAUUCAAUAUUGUUGCGACGAGAGACUAAGAGCUUUAAUUAUAAUAAACAUAUUAUAUUUUUAGAAGUCUUGUGUGUGUGUGUGUGUGUGUGUGUGUGUGUGUGUGUGUGUGUGUGUGUGUGUGUGUGUGUGUAUAUAUAGGAAAUGCAUCGAAUGUGGAACAGUUUAAAUUGGAUCUCCAUUAUUACUUGGAAACUAAAUAUUGCAUCAUAUGUAUACAGAUAAAAAUAUGAUCUGCUUAGUUAAUUAAAGAAAUAACCCAUA